GUCCACCUGUCGAGCAUCCCCACUGUCGCAAACUUGUCAUUUUUUCGGUUGAAAGUUUAUGGCGUCAGUGGAAAAAACAUGAAGAAAGAGUAGGGGGAGAGACCCCGCGAGGCUGUGUGUUACACGGCCAUUGAAAUGCAAAUAUCACAGAACAAGGAGUGGUUGUGUGUGUGUGUUUGUGUGUUUCUGUAUAUGCAUGCAGCGGAGCAGCAUUGGGAGAGGAGGGGCACAAAUUGGACAAGUUUUUUUUUUGGGAGGUGGGGGGGACUUUUGAAUACAGCCACACACACCGGAGCUCCAUAUGACACGGUGUUGCCCGGAGGAUUUCCCGUCUCUUUGCCCUUAAAACUUUUCCCUAUGGAAGACCGAAUUUACUAAACUUUUUUCACCUCUUUUAUUUUAUUUAUGGUCGCCUUUUAAGAACGUGUGGGAUUCCGGGGAACUUUUUGAAUGCGCCCGUUCAAGUGCGUAAAGAAGAAAAAAACCAAAACGUGCCAAGCGCCUGAUGCCCCCCUCUCUGUUUGCCUCGCCGUGAAUCAUGUCACGCCGGAAACAGAAGAGACCCCAGCAACUCGUUAACGCGGAUCCAGGGGGCCCAAAGCUGCUGCCUCAUGAUGACCACCUGGGCUUAAAGUCACCGUCUACAUCUCUAGGUUCAGACUUGACCUCGUCCGGGUCCUCCUCUUCAUCUUCACCCACCUCCCUACAAGAGUGCCAGCCGCCUCUGGCUCCUCGCCCGUCCCCCGGUGGGCUCCACGCGCCCUCCUUGCCCAGCGAGAGCUCUCCCCCUCCCCACUGGCCCAGCCACAUCACACCCUUCACCACAUCCCUCCCCAAUACACACUCUUCGCUCUCCCCAGACUUCCCUCACCCAUCACUGUCAUCCCAGACGCACUCGCCUCCUCCUCUCAGUCAAACCUCGGUGUCCCUUAGCAUGCCGCACCAGGAAAACUCUCACGCAACCAUGACCUCUCCGCCAAUGGGAUGCUCCGCCGCUACUACUACCUCCUCCACUGCUUCCUGUUCUUCUGCCAACUCCCAACAGUCUCAGCAGGACGGCUCCAGUCCGGAGGAUCAGCAGAGAUCCUCCUCUUCUAUUGGGGAGCAGGGACAGAUUCAGGUACCUCCAACUCUGACUGUUCUCUUAGAGGAGCUGAGGGUUCUGCAGCAGCGGCAAAUACAGCAGAUGCAGAUAACGGAGGAGAUCUGUCGGCACAUUCUCAGGCUCGGAGGAGCUUUCUUUGGCCAAGAGAACAACUCGCAGGCUGCCAGCUCAGACGGUACCCAAAAGGCAACAGGAACAGAAUCGUCUUCCCCAACGCAUCCUUCAACUGCAACCCCAAUAACCUCUGCCUCGUCAAUUUUAACUGGACUUCCGUCAUCUCUCUUUCCCCAGCCGACCAGCUCCAAAUCAGGAGCGUCACUCGUUAACGGUAGCAGAGCUUCCUCCUCUUCAGCCUCUACUUCCUCUUCCUCUGCUAUCUCGUCUUCCAUCAGCUCUUCCGUUGCAGGCCUACACCCUCUGUCCUUGUCUCUCGGUCUGCCUCAACGCUACGUCCACGAGAAGGCAUCUCCCUUUGGGCACAGCAAUGGCAUUAGUUUCCCCACUCACUCCAUUCCCACCACCAGCCACCCGCCGGACCUCCAGUCCACGUCUGCGUCCUCGUCGGGCCGCCCUCAGCACAUAUGCAGGUUUUGCGGGAAAGUACUGAGCAGUGAUUCCUCGCUCCAGAUCCACCUGAGGUCCCACACGGGCGAGAGGCCCUAUCAGUGUCCGGUGUGCUUGAGCCGCUUUACAACCAGAGGAAACCUCAAAGCUCACUUCCUGCGACACCGAGAGCAGAACCCUGAGCUGUCCCUCUCCCUGCUCCCGCCUGCACUGUCGGAACAAACCCAGAGCGGGUCCGCCGCUGGAGUCAUCCAACGCAGAAGAAAGCGUCGAGCGGACGACGAUGACGCAUAUAGCGGCGUGAAAGGCAGCGUUCCCGGGAUGGCGGAGAGCAUGGCGCUGGGACUGCUGUCGGGGGCGUCGGCUCGGCCCUCGCCCUCCUCUCUACCUCUGCCCCCUUCAGUGGACAUGGCGCUGCUGUCCACCGCCCACUCGCUGCUUCAGCUGAACAGAGCGUCGGCUGCGGCUGCUGCAGGCGCAUCCACCACUGGACUCCCCUCCACCUCUUCUUCACCCUCAUCCUCCUCUUCCAGUCAGUUUAAGGGAGCAAAGCAGCAACGGUUUGAUGAAAACACUCCUCCUCACUCUGCCCUCCAUGCCUCCUCCCCCUACUCUCAGCUGGCCCAUCUCCCUAAGAUUCUCUUUCCAGGAGGUGCCUCUCCUCAUCACCUAGCACUUCUGCGACCCCCAGGUCACCCGUCCACUUCGCAUUUAGCUUCUCCUCAUCAGCUACCCUUCCCUUUCCCCCCCUUCCCCAAACCCUCCGCCUCCUCCCCCUCCUCGGCCUCCCCUAACACCUCCACCCAAACGUCAGACACAUCCAAGCUGCAGCGGCUGGUACAGAAGCUGGAGAAACAGCCACAAGGGGGUGCCUCGUCUGCCUCGUCUUCCUCCACAAACUCACAAAUCUCCACCGAGGCCAACGGGGAUUCCAGCAUCCACGACCUAACCACUACCUCCACCGCCUACCGCAGGGAAAUGUUGGCUGCCCUUGGCCUAAGCCCCAAUGUUAGCGCCGCAAUGACGAGCCAAGGAGUCACAGGCUUUGGCACCACAACCACCAUGGCUACUCCGUCCCUGCCCGCCGCCCAGGCCGCCAACCAGUGCGGAGUCUGUCUCCGCGUCCUCAGCUGCCCUAGAGCUCUCCGUUUGCACCAGGCCACUCAUCUGGGGGAGCGCCCCUUCCCCUGCAAGCUCUGUGGACGUUCCUUCUCCACAAAGGGCAGCCUCCGGGCCCACCUGGCCACUCAUCGAGCAAGACCGCCCAACGCUCGCGCCCUGAACUCGUGCCCUCUGUGCCCACGCAAAUUCACGAAUGCCUUAGUGCUCCAGCACCACAUUCGUCUGCACCUCGGAGGGCAGAUACCACCCGACGAAGAGAUGCCGUCUGAAGACGCUAUGGAACGAGACAAUACCACCUUUGAAAAUGGCGAGAACGAGUCCAGGAGUUCCCCGUUGAAAUCCCAACAAAUCCUUCCCCUCGCUCUGACGACAGGCUCAAAAUCUUCAGCUGAUGCUCUGUAUUUAGGAGCAUCUUACAAGCAAUCCACAAUUAAUGAAGAUUCAGUGAAGGUGGAGGAAUCUGGGGACUCGAACCCUAGUGUUAGUCCUCCUCUGACUUGCAGCGCCCCCACGGCGGGGGCAGAAAACGUCCUGCGUCUGGGAGAAAACAACUCGGCUGACGGCGGCCCAGUGCACUCAAAGGAGGACCCAACUACCUCCACCCAUUUGAAAGCAUCUUUAGCUAGCUCUCACUCCGCAGCGGACAAUGCAGAUGCAGAUGCUCCGCUGUCGCUCUGCAUUUCAAAGCCAGAUGUUGAAAACCGGCGAGCGGUCAAAGAGGAGGAAACCGGCACAACUAAUGAGCCCACAACCAGUCCCAAAGGUAACUCGAGUCCAGCUGUUGCUAACCCGGUAGCUGAGAUUAGCACUCCGGCUAAUGUGCAAGUCGUCCCCGAUGCGGAGGAGACCGCUGACCUUCAUGAACCGGCAGCUGAAGAUGCUGUGAAGAAUGAACUGGAGGAACAAAAAGGAGCUACAUCUGAUCCAGAAGCAGAGAAGGAGAAAGAGAAGGAUACUCCAAAAAAAGAAGUCUGCGACGUACGAGAGAAACCCUCCGAGGACAGUGAACCCGUCAUGGCAGCACCAACACCACCUCCUCCUCCUCCUCCUCCUCUUCCUCGACCCGACAAACCCUACAGCUGCUCCCACUGUGGAAAGGCGUACGCUAGCAGGAGUGGGCUCAAGGGGCACAUGAAAGUUCACCCCGGAGUGCUGACCAACACUCCCUACAAGACUCAGACCAAUGAAAGUGACUCGACAGAGGAUUGCAGUUCGCAUUCAGUCAGUAGAAACACCCGACAGCAAGAGGAGAAGCUGGCCCAGGAGAAAAGCGAUGGCACAGAUCCUCUGGAUGUCCUGGCUGAAGCUCCAGACACCUCUGUGUAGAACGUUGCUGAAAGUUCCAUUUGGAUGGAUCCUGACAGAGGAAUGUAUUUUUCUUUUGAUAGUUUGAGAUCUGUUUAACUCUGUUUCUAGGUUUUGUAUAAGGUAGAUAGGUUUUACUUGUAGUUCUACUGUAGUCAAAUUAAAGGAAGCGGUUGAAUGUAGUUAUUCUGCUGUCUAUUUUUGUAUUUUAAAGAUCCCACUAAGGCCUUUUAUUCCCCCACCACCACCAUGGUGAGAAUUGUGCGUUUCUGCUGACACUCACUUCAAUGCAUGAUGUAAAAGAAAACGAGCAAUACAAGUUUCCUUUUGUGAAGGAGUGUCCAGGAAGUCUCAAACGGAAUUCCAAACCAAAACGUGUCCAUGCGAAGCGCAGUUGUUGGAACUGCCCGCCGUUUCCUUUUGAUGAAUGCUGCUGAACGCGUGUUUCUAAAUGUGCUGAAGUUGCACUGUGAGUUGCACUGUUACCAGUGCUGCCGAAAUCUACUGAAACAGACCCACCCGGGUCAGAACCACGGCUCGGUUCCGCUUUCCGCUGCUAUAAACCAUGAAUUCCAGCUCUUAUGAAUUAUGAAUGUAUCCCAUUGACUAUGUAUGAGAACUGGACCAUGCGAGGAUGACGUCACCCAUAGAAAUCGGUUAAUCAAUUCAGUCGCCAUUUGUUCAUAGUAUGGACGCCGCCAUGUUUGAACCAGACGUUUUUAGUAAACAGGGAUUGAUCUGAGUUGAGCCAUUUCUAUGAAAACCACUCUCACCAAUCAGGAGUGAGCUUGUCUUAAGGCCACACCCCUACCACUUAAAAGCUGGAUCUUUCAUUGAGGCAUCUGAUUGGGCAAUUUACAACUUACACUACAGAAAAAAUCAACACAUUCUCCCUCCCAACUCGUCGCAUAUUGAUGAUUGGUUAAGGACCACUCCAUGUUGCUUCUUGACCUUUUGGGUGUCCCCAACUCAUUUUUUGAUGUGGUAAACAGGUCCCAACCUCCAGGCCACGAACCAGAACAGGUCUAUUACCGGGACAUCACGUACCGUGAUCCCGGAAUCAGUUUGCAUCAGGUACUGCGUCUGGUACUAGGUUGGGUUCGGUACCGUUUCUGGUUCAUCAUCCGGCGCCAGGCUAGGGUUAGAGUUCCAGUACCUCCAUCGUACUGAGGACCAGUCCGCGUACGCUACCAUGUCCCGACCCCGUACCAGAUGCGGUACCCGACGUGAACGGUACCAGGUUAGAAUACGGAAUUAGGGUCCGCGUCCCGAUACUGGACUUGUUCCCUGUUUGUUGGAACCAAGUAUUGAAUGUGAACAGCUUAGGGACUUAGGGACGCCAAAAAACGUCAAUUUUUGAUGUGGAGGGGUCCUUAACCAAACGUCAAUAUGUCACAAGUUGGGAAUAAGAAUGUGAAAAAACAAAUUCUAACAAAUAGAAGUUCUCAAUAGAAGUUUAUGGGAUUUCUUGGAGCCAGCAGGUACUUUAUGUUUGGAACAUCAGAGGGUGUGGCCUCUCAGUCCAAUUCUCAUAUACAGUCAAUGAUGUAUCCUCACUUGUUGGUACUAUCUGCACUGUUGAACCUCGUGCGGUGGAUGAGUUGACCCCACUCCUGCGCUCUUGAGGCUCUCGAGCCCGAUUCCCCCAAACGUUUGGGCCAGUUUUGUAUAAAUCUGUGCGCUCUGCCUUUUUUUUCUUUUGUAAACUCUCUUCUUGUAGCGAUGACAGAAUGUGUUCCCACGCUUCCCGUGUCUUAAAAAAACAAAUAAAACGAUGUGAAGAGGAGA